AUGCAACAAAAAAUUAAGUUACUUUUAUUUAUUAAAAUUUCUGAGUUUAUGCUUAUAUCAUGGAUAUUCCAUUUUAAUAAUGAUAUAAGUAUAAUUAAGAAACCUGUGGAUGAGAACUACAAUAUAGGUAAAAAAUUAGAUGCAAGAAAAUAUAGGAUACUAGUGAAAUAUAAACAGGAUGAGGACUCAAGUAUUUUAUAUUUUAAAGAAGUUAUACCAAAUUAUGCAUCGAACGAAAAAAAAGAUAUAUCUAAUUAUGAAAAAAAUACUACAGAAAAAAAAGAACAGUCAAAUAAAAGUUCAUACGUGAGUUCGGGAUUAAACAAAGAACAUAUAAAAAAUAAAUCGUGUAUGUUUGAAACAAAAAUAUAUUCCCAUAUGGAAAAAAAAAUAUUUAAAGAACUUGAUUAUAUGGAUUUUCUUCAAAACAACAGAACUAUUAGUGACAAGUUUUUCAGAAGUGUAGCAUUUAAAAAAUACAGAGUACGAAUUAUUUUACCUUUAUUCGUGUUCAUAUUAUUAUUAACCUACCUAAUAUUAGAUUUUUCUUGUGGAUAUGGGCUUGUAGGUUGCAUAUUAGCCGUGUUGAAAGAAACACUUGGAUCUGGGUGGUCUGCGCCUUUACGUUCUUUUCUGGGAAAACUCCAUUUAGAUUUCUUAUGGCCAACAGUGAAUAUAGGAGGAAGUCAAGGAAGAAAAACGUGGACGUUUAUGACUAAACCUUUUCUACUCUAUAUAAUUUAUUUUCUACCUUUGUUAAUAUUAGGUGUCAUACUUAUAUUAGGGGUUGUUUACUACCAUAGAAAAGUUAAAAAAUAUCAAAAAAUUAAGUUCAGGAAAAGAUAA